AAACCAUCACCAUUCACGAGUACCUGAUCGCCCUCACAUCGUCCCAUAAAAACAUCCUCUAAAAAAUCCUCAUUUAGCGCCUACCUUCCAAUUCAAAAAUCAGAGACUUUUAAUUUAUUUUUCGGUUAACCGUUAACAUGGCACUGUUUCAACGCGCCAUUUGCGUUUACAAAACGGCAUCUUUCCUUAGGACAGUUGGCAGGAAUUUGUCAACUGAACCAAGUAUUAAAAAGUCUGUGUUCAUUUCCCAAUCGAAAGACAUUUACGCCAAUUUGGCGCUCCAAGAUUGGAUAUGCAAGAAUAUCGACAUGACCGAUCAUCACAUCUGUAUGUUGUGGCAAAAUGAUCCCUGUGUCACCAUUGGUAAGACUAGCAACCCUUGGUGUGAGGCGAAUAUGGCAGAUCUUCCAAAAAUCACCGAUGGUGGUGUGAAGUUGGCAAGACAGAAUUCUGAUGGACCAUCUACGUACCAAGACCAAGGAAGCCUCAAUAUCACCUUCUUCUCCCAAAAAGAUCGCUUGUGUGAGAUCUACGACAUGGAGAUACUUGCUAGAGCUAUUUUCAGAGAGUUCUCCCUGAAGCUGGAUAUUGUACAGAACGAGUUGAAACUGAGAGGCAACUAUUCUAUUUCUGGAACAACAAAAAAAGUGAAUGAAAACAACGCUUAUCAUCACUGCAAUCUUUUGGUCAGGGUGAACAAAGUUGAUCGCAUGCGGAGUCUGACCAAGCAAGAGAUCGGAAUUCAGCAAAGAAAUAAUGAAUAUGAAAAUUCGAAAGUGAUGAAUUUAUGUGAAGAAAACCCUAACGUUAGCGUGAAAAAACUUGUUAAGGCGAUCGGAUGGGAAUAUAUGAGGACUCACGCAUCUGUUGUCAAGGAUGGUGGUGACCAACUGGCCAAUGAACAGAAGGGAUUCCAACUGGUCAAUCCAACUGAUAGCUGGUUCCCAGGCAUCGCCAAAAUACGAACUGAAAUGGCCAGAUGGGAGUGGUUGUACGGUCAAACACCGGAUUUCAAGGUGAACCGCACACUCUGUAUACCGGGGAACUUAGGAAACGAGGAGGGAUGCAGCGAUCUGAGCAUGGAGAUCACAGUCAGCGGUGGUAUAAUUAAAGACACCACCCUUUCUGUACCUCCAAGCUUGGCUAACAGUGGUAUCAGUGGAGUGAUCAACACCGUCACCACAACCUUGAUUGGUCGCAGAUUCACCCCAGAUCUCAUCGAAAACCUGCAGCAAUCGAUAAAAAACCUGGGCGAUGAUAAAAUGGCAAGCGCCGCUUACGCCCCAAGAAAAAUCAUGACUUCCUUCUAAUCUUAAGCACGAAUUUUUUCGCAUACCAAAUAUUGAAUACAACUGAACCCACAAUAUGCUAACAAUCCAAUCUAUAUAACUGAAAACAAAAUGUCUUUACACUAAGAUGUAUAAGAAUUAACAUGGGGAUAUCUAGUGUAGAAUUUUUACAGAAUUAUUUUUAUUUUAUAUGUGAUUUUAUACCUUUUAAUUUUUGAAUACAAUAUUAUGAAUGA